AUGGAGGAGUUGAAUGACAAUGCAAGGAUGAUCGUGCAAGCCGUCCUUCUUAGGAUGUUGAAGCGCUUGAAGGAGCAGCUGGAGAAGGCGGAGAAGGAGGCAGCCGAGAAGGAAGCGGAUGGUGAGGAGGAGCCGGCGGCAGAGGUUGUUGACCUUCCCUACAAUUUGAGAGAUGAAUCAUGGUGGAACCCAAUUGCUAAACAGAUGGAUAAGGAUGCCCAGUCUGUUACUUUUGAUCAUAAUGGUGGUUUUCUGCGUGCAAGGAUAUCCAUUGAUGUGGACAAGCCCCUUAGGAGAUGGAUUUUGAUUGAUUCUGCCAGGAAGAAGAAAGUGGAUAUGUAUCCUGCAGCCGCCGAAGCUGCUCCCUCCCGCUCGAAGCCCGCUCCGCCCGCUCCUCGCUCCCUCCCGCUCGAAGCCGCCGUCGCUCCCUCCCGCUCGAAGCCCACUCCGCCCGCUCCUCGCUCCCUCCCGCUCGAAGCCGCCGUCGCCGCAGCUGCUCCCGCUCGAAGCCCGCAGCCGCCGAAGCUGCUCCCUCCCGCUCGAAGCCAGCCGCCGCCGAAGCUGCUCCCGCUCCCCAACCGGCCUCGCUCCCUACUGAUCGACGACUCCCGCCGUUGCCCCUGA